UCCCCUACUUUAUGCAAACAUUGAGGAAAUGUCUUCAGAAGAAAUAGUAAGUGUUGUAAGAAGUGAGGUAAUGCCUUUGGAGUAUGGUGGGAUGGACUCAAAGAGCAGUCCAUCUAGUUCGGAAAGGACAGUGGAGGGGGUGGGAGGAGGUGAGGUAGUUGGAGUUGGGGGUGAUAGUGUACCCAUCACUAUGGUAGAAGUGGAGGGUAGGAGAGAGAGGUGCUGUGAUGUAGAUGCAGACAUAGUGUCACGCCCCAGAACCCAAAUCCGGAGACGUGGCAGACGCUGUGCACUUGUAAGAUGGGUCCCACAAGUGCACAAGAUUCAUUCUCACCCAACCAAGAGCAAAUCACGGACAGGGAUGGGAAGAGCUGCAGAUCUGAAAAAGUCUGGCUUUAGGGAGAGUUCUAAGCCCCACAUCUUGCCAGCUGGUGUAGAGGAGAGGGCAUGUUCUGUUCCUCGAGAUCAUUGGAUGCCCGUGUAUGUCCACUAUUUAGCAGCCGGACUUAGGUUUCCAAUUCCUGAGUUGCUAGGGGGUAGCAGGAAAGAUAAGGGGUGGUAUUAUUUCACCCCUAGAGUAGCAAAUAGGGAGAGUAGAGCUUUAUUUACUGCGAGUCCUUCAUCCAUUAAAGGAUGGAAGGAAAAAUUUUUAUUUGUAGAUGAUAUGGAGUGGGAGAGGGGGGAUGCUGAGGUGGAAGUGUUGUCUUCUUGGAAGGCUAAGAAAGCCAACCAGAAUAACGUAGAAUGCAUAGAAGCUGCUGAGCUCUAUGAGCCAAGCGCUCUAAGUGAAGCUGAAAUGGACAAAUUUUUGGGCGCUGCAAGAGGAGUGGCCAUCCCCAAGAAGCCAAGGAAGAAGUCAAAGACUUCAACCAAGCAAGUGGAUAAGGGAGGAGUUGGAAAGGAGAAGAAGAAGGUGGUGGAGGAAGAGGAGAGGGGGAGCGAGGUUCCCCAGUUCGUACCUCAGCCUCCUCUUGUUGAGCUCGACCCUAAGCUAAGGGAGUUUGAAGAGGGGGUUGAGGUACGAGCUCUCGGCAAGGGAAAGGGCCUUGUUCCCCCGUUGUCCUUGCAGAGCAGCCUGUUCGAGGCGAAGAACACGAUGGGGGCGAGUAGGUUUAUCAAUUCCACCUUCCUCGAAGUGGACAAGCGUCACGCACGGGAGGAAGCUUUGAGGUACUGUGGGGCUUUAGUAGUGAAACAUGUUUUGGAGAAGGAGAAGGAAGAACUGGAGAAGAAAAAUAAAGAGAUGCAAGAGGUGCUGGACAAGGUGGUUCCAGCUGUGAAGCAGCUAGACGAGCGUGAGGCUCAAGAGAAAGAGAUAAAGCUAAUGAAGGAAGCUGUGGUGGAGCUGAAGAAGAAUAUGCAGCUGUUGGUGCACAAUGGGAUGGAGGAACACAUCACCAACUUCAUCAGCUCCAGCUCGUUUGACAACAUCGUCAACCUUUACCGGCUGCCAACUACCAUCCUUGCCUUCACAGAUUGCAAAAAGAAGGUGAAGGCUGAAUAUCCCGAGGUGGAUAUUACAAAGAUCACCUUCGGCGAGCAAGAAGAGGGAGUGGAGGAGAAUGACGGAUGCACUGUUUUCCCUCCAAGUUUCGACUUCGAGUUCGUUGUAGUGAAGAAAGAAGAGGCAGAGGUAGGGGAAAAUGAAGUGGGGGCAGGAGUGGAAGGAAUUGAAGUGGAGGAGAGUCAACCACCUUAGCUAGUGGAGAUUCAUUCAAUUCCUUCUAACGAUGAGCAGCCUCCUCUGCUAGACGAGCAGCAGCCAACACAGCUACCUUUUCCAACUUAGCAGCAGCUAGUUCAGCCACCUCUUCCAGUAGAGGAAUAAAUGAUUUUUGUUUUUUAAUUUUUCUUUGAUAUUGUUAUUGUAAUAUCAGUAAAAUAAUUUGUUGUAAUAUUUUUAUUACUUUGAAUGAAAAUUUUAUUUUUGA